AUGGUGUCCCCGGUCACCGUGGUGAAGAGCGAGGGGCCCAAGCUGGUGCCCUUCUUCAAGGCCACCUGCGUGUAUUUUGUGCUCUGGCUGCCCUCGUCCAGCCCGUCGUGGGUCAGCGCUCUCAUCAAGUGCCUGCCCGUCUUCUGCCUCUGGCUCUUCCUUCUGGCCCAUGGCCUAGGAUUCCUGCUCGCCCACCCCAGUGCCACACGCAUCUUUGUAGGGCUCAUCUUCUCCACCCUAGGCGAUGCCUUCCUCAUCUGGCAGGACCAGGGCUACUUUGUACACGGUCUACUGAUGUUUGCUGUGACCCACAUGCUCUACGCCUCAGCCUUUGGCAUGCGGCCAUUGGCUCUUCGGACGGGUCUGGUGAUGGCAGCGAUGUCGGGCCUGUUCUAUGCCUUCCUCUACCCAGGCCUCUCCGGUCCCUUCACCUACUUGGUGGGGGCCUAUGUGGCCCUCAUCAGCUUCAUGGGCUGGCGGGCUAUAGCAGGGCUACGGCUGGUCGGGGCGGCCUGGCGCUGGACUGAGCUGGCAGCUGGCGGUGGUGCAGUGCUCUUUAUCAUCUCUGAUGUGACCAUCGCUGUCAACAAGUUCUGCUUUCCCGUGCCCUACUCGCGGGCACUCAUCAUGUCCACCUACUAUGCUGCCCAGAUGCUCAUUGCCCUGUCAGCUGUUGAGGACCGGGAGCCAGUGGAAGACUACAGACUGAGCAAGGCCAACUGA